AUUACCCAAUAUAACCAAAAACCAAAUAUUAGUUAACACGUCAAUUACUAUCUUAUUAAUCGUGUUAAAAAGUAUUAAAAGCGGUUUUUAACCGCAAAAAUGAAGUUUUUUUUGGUACUAUCGCUCCUUCUUUUCUCAUCAUCAUUCAUAAAAGGGGAAAAUUACGCGGAUUUGUCCGACAAUGAGUUUGCGGAAUUCGAAGAGUUUGAUUCGGACGAAUUCACGAUAAACGAACGCGAUGAAAAGGAGAAACCGAUUAAUAUUAAAGAGAAUCACCUCCAAGAUGAGGAGGCUUUCGUGUCGGACGAUGAAGAAGGUGAGGUUAUAAUCGAGGAUGACUCGGAAUUCGAACACUUCCAAGAUACCGAGGAGUUUGAGGGAUUCGCUGAUACAAAGGAUGAGAGGGGCGAUUCCGUGCCGAAAAUUACGAUCACCACGGUCCCCGUUCAUUUUAGGGCUAAUUGGGAUAGUUAUUGGUUGGAGAUUUUAAUGAUUACUGGAUUGGUGGUUUAUUUUUUGAAUUUCGCCGCGGGGAAAAGCAAAAAUACUAAAAUUGCGAACGCUUGGUAUCAGACACAUAAAACUUUGUUGGAAGAUAAUUUCUGUUUAGUCGGUGAUGAUGGAGUAAGCGAAAAUUCCGAUAACAUUAACAUGUUGAAAGAAAGCGAAAACAUUUUUACUUUAUGGUGUAGUGGGAGAACUUGUUGUGAAGGAAUGUUGGUUGAAUUAAAAUUAAUUAAGAGGCAAGAUUUAGUUGCGAUUAUAGCUGGAAUGAUGCGACCAACAGCUGAUCAAAUCCACGUAAAAGUCAUAAUGAACAAAGAGGAUAUGGACACAUUCGUUUUUUGUAUAGCAUCAAAAAAAACCGCGGCUCAUCUUUCGAAAGAAAUGAACGAUUUAAGUAUUUAUUCCCCGGAACGGAAACCAGGUGAAAAAUUCAACAUCCCAAGCACUUUCAACGUGAUGGGGGAAAUCGCGGAAGCCACCUCAGCGCUUUUAGACUCAAAAAUAACGGCUGUACUAAAUAAAUACUCCGAUUUAGUCGAUUACAUCCACUUUUCCGAUCAAUAUUCCGGAGUGAAACAACCGGAUGAUAAUGGUGCUAUUAAAUUACCCGAUACUCAAAAAGUUUUAUUGUUCGGUUUUAACAUCCCGAAAGUAAAAGGGGCCCACUUAAACGAAUCAAUGGAACAAUUAAAACCGUUGUUUAUAAUGAUUUUUUAUUGCAUCGAGAAAAUAAAACGUUACCGAUUAUCGAAGGAAGGUAAAAAUAAAGCCGACAAAAAUAGGCAAAGGGUAGAAGAGGCUUUUUUGAAGUCGACUCAUGCCGCAAGGGCCGAAGCUGCCGCGGCUCGAAGGGAAGAAAAGCGUCGUUUGGAGAAGGAAAAGGUGAUGGCUGAAGAUGAUCCCGAAAAGCAAAGACGUUGGGAGGAGAAGGAACAAAAAAGACAGGCUAAGAAACGAGCCCCUAAAAUGAAACAACUUAAAGUUAAAGCCCUUUAAUAAUAAAAUAAAAAAUAAUACGUAGAAUUAGGUAAAAUUUCUUUUAAGGUUACGUUGAUUUAAAUUU